UCGCUAUCCAUGAGCUACAAAACUUUUCUUGCUGCACAAUAGAUAAGAAAAUUGGGCAAGAAGGAAGAGGAGGGUCAUAGACUUGGUUUGGUUGCGUCUUCUAAUCCAAUCAUAUUCUACUCCUUGUUUCCUUUCCUGCUCAGCCUUAUAUAAACCGCAUUGGAGCUUGAUCUGGAAGCCUAACACAAAACUUUCAAUAAAAAUAUGGCCCUCAAAAAGUGUUUGCCAUGGAAAAGUAUCCUCCCCAACUGCAUCAAAUCCAACAACCCAUCCUCAGGGCCUAAAGUUCAUGCUUCCAAACACAGUCCCAGCCAAAGGCUAUCACUCUCUGAUAUCAGCCACCCUGGCUCUCCACUGUCACUCAGCGAUCUGUCAAAUUCUCUUAUAAGCCUUCAUAUUUUUACCCUCAAGGAGCUAGAAGUGAUAACGCACAAGUUCUCCAAGAGUAAUUAUCUCGGUGAGGGUGGGUUUGGACCAGUAUACAAGGGGUUCAUUGAUGACAAUCUCAGGCCAGGCCUCAAGGCUCAAUCUGUUGCUGUGAAGGUCCUUGAUUUGGCUGGCUCUCAGGGGCAUAGGGAGUGGCUGGCUGAAGUUAUUUUCCUGGGGCAGUUAAAGCAUCCCCACCUGGUGAACUUAAUCGGAUAUUGCUAUGAGAAGGAGCACAGGCUUCUGGUGUAUGAAUACAUGGCACGUGGCAACUUAGAAAACCAACUUUUUAAAAGAUAUGGUCCGCCAUUGCCUUGGCUAACCAGGCUCAAAAUUGCAGUUGGAACUGCAAAAGGUCUAGCUUUUCUCCAUGAAGAAGAGAAGCCAGUCAUAUACCGGGAUUUCAAAACUUCAAACAUCCUGUUAGACUUGGCUUACAACGCAAAGGUCUCUGAUUUUGGAUUGGCAACGGAUGGUCCAGAAGGAGAAGACACUCAUGUUACCACUUGCGUCAUGGGCACGGAAGGCUACGCAGCUCCUGAAUACAUAACGACCGGGCAUUUGACGACUAUGAGCGAUGUAUUCAGCUUUGGAGUAGUACUUCUAGAACUGCUGACGGGCAGGCGAUCCGUGGACAAGGCCCGACCUGGUCGAGAGAAGAACCUGGUGGAAUGGGCACGGCCUCUUUUGAAGGACCCUUACAAACUUGAUGGAAUAAUGGACCCAAGGCUUGAAGGGCAGUACUCAACUGAGGGGGCAAGGAAGGCUGCUGCAUUAGCUUAUCAGUGUCUGAGCAACCAACCCAAAUCUAGACCAACCAUGAGCAACGUGGUCAAGGCCUUGAAGCCUCUCCUGGACUUAACUGACAUCCCGAUUGGACCCUUUGUAUACAUAGUUCCAACUCAAGGCAACAACGACGAGCAUAUUGUGCAGAAGAAUGAAGAAACAGAGGAAAAGCAAUGUGAUGAUGAGAUAAAAAUUGAAAAAAAUGGUGGACAGCGGGGUGAAAAGAAAGAGAAAAGUCGACUACCGAGCCAGCAAGGUCGCGGGCGUAGACGUCGGGUGAAACCAUCAAGGUCUCGGGCUGUCUAUUCGGACACUGAUUUGUAUAGAACUCUUGGAACUAGUUUGUACUCUCCCAAGCACUAGAAGCAAUCAGGCAGACAUGCAUACUUUCGUAUAAUCAGACUGUACAUUGAGAUUUUUUGUUUUCGCUUCCUUUCAUUGUUUAUCUCUUUAGAAGUUUCCAUUUGCCUGUUGUUGGACUUAUUGCAUUUUUUAUUCCAUAGGA